UCGCAAAAGCACCGUUACUUCUAGAAUCGGUUGGCGUCUCUUGGGAAUUUUGGUUUUAUAUAGAAACGUAAAGGCUUUAAAAAAUCGGAAUGCCGGCACGUUCAUCAGAAUCCAAGACGGGGGCUGACGGAGUAGUAGAGAAGUUGCGUGUUCGUCGACCUUGCUCUCGAAUAGCUAAUCCGCGUACACGAAGCGAAAGUUGUAGGCGUAUGCAACGCAGAAGCGGCAUGAUUGUGACUAUGUCUGUAGAACAAAGUGGAGGAAUAGCAUUGAAAACGGCUGAAGGUAUUGCGGCUUCACAUACAAGACAAGUCUCAACUACCUCGACGUUAUUCGGUCCUUUGGGCGUUUCGAUUGGAGUUGUAUGUGAGAGCACAACAGAAAACAAAGAAGUUGUUGUGGAUAUGAAAAAUUGCUCGAAGGACAAUACAAAUGUUGCAAUAGAUUGGAAUGUAACAGCGCCAGAGUACGAAAACCUUUUGAAGAACACACAGAAUCGCCCCCCUUUGGAAUUUCGAAAAAGUCUGAGUUUCCUAGAGGAUCGGCAGUUUGAAAUGCUGUCUCUGUUAAAUGUUAAAAGCAUCCAGCACUUGCUGGAUAUGCCACUAAGAAAAGUGCUUGAAAUUGCAUUGAGUAAUCAGCAACUACAGCUACUUCUAGCAAUGUUGGAAACGGAAGUGAAUACCAGUCCAAAAUCUUUGAAAUUAUCUCCAAAAAAAAUGGAAUCUUUAAAAUCAAUUGCAGAGGAGUUGGACAAAAUUGACUUAAACGACGAUGAUGACGAACAACCAUUGGUUAUUGACGAAACUAUUUCCAAUAUUGAAGAGAAUAAAACACUAAUAACGAAAGAUAACGAGCGAAGCCUGGAUGCUAUCGAGGAAUGUUUUUCUAAAAUUCGAAAUGUCAAAAUCCCUCAAACUCGAGCUGCCCUAAAGGACGUAAGAUCAGAGUUAACUGAAAUUAUUACCGAAUUGAACGAGAAAGAGAAUCGGCUAUCCCGUCAAUUACAACAAAAUAAGCAACUAGCCGAUGCUGUCAACAAUAAAGAAUCUAUCGGGCGUGGCAGUGAAGAUGUCGUCACAACUACAAGUAAGGCACAACCGUGUAAUUCACCUCAUGGUACCGAUGCUAAACAAAACGUUUUAGUUGAGGCUGGUAAACUUGAAAAGUCUGUUAAUAAACCGACAAGAGGUCCGCGGACUGCUAAGCGCCGACGUAAAGUAAAUAAAAGCAGGAACUUAAAAUCACCAACAACCACAACUAAAAACACUGACAACACUACUUGUGAUAUGAUUUUAGGUUCAAAUUCAACAUCUCCUAAACAGCCUUUUAAAGAAUCGUCUAAAAUAACUAAACCACCUUCGACGAUAUCAUCCGCAUUGGAUGUGAUUUCUCCAAAUACAAAUUUUGACGUUGCAGCAUCUCCAACUAUCGUGAAUGCGUUGCCCAUGUUAGAUUCGACAACACCUAAAACACCUUCAACAUUUGCAGGAAGCUCAGGAAUUUUUUUUAUUGAUCCAAGAUCGAUGGUCAUUUUGCAUGAUAGUGCUGUGAAAGGUAAUGGAUCAAUAGAUAAACCUAUUGGAAAAUCUUGCAAAAUGUGUCCAAAAAAGCCUGAAUUUCAACUUACUGCUAGUAAAAGCGCAGUACUUGUAGAUGUGUGCGCGCCAAACUUAAUGGCAGGUGCACCCAAACAGCUUUGUGCAACACCAAAUGUAACUGCGAUUGGUGGUAUGCCUCUAAUUGAACCAGACUCGGACGACACACACUCCUUGUCAAAGGAAUACAUAGACUGUAAAGUUCAAAAGAUUACUAAGCCUUUAAAAUCGUUUUCAGCGGCACCCACACAACAAAACCUGCAACCGACAGUUUUGAUCAAAAAGUUGUCUACUCCGCUACGAAAGAGGGAACAUAAUGUAGAUGCAGAUAGCACCACGACAAGUAUUGAACUUUGUUCUUCUAAAGAGAAAAAAUUGGAAACAAACGACAACGAAAAUGUGCCAUGUGCUCAAUCAAGGGAUGUGCAUGUCUCUAAGAAAACCAAGAUAGCGCAAUAUCCGAAGAAGACACGAAAACGUCUCGUUAAAGUUGUGGACUUGACUGACGAUAGCGAUAAUCCAAUAAUCCAAGCGAAACCCAAUUAUUUUUCAGAUAUAUCAGAUAAUUCAGAUGAACUAGCCGAGGUGUGUGCAGGUGUGUGCAACGAGAGUUCGUUUAUGAUGAAAGGAAUUGAGGUGCAAGCUUCAGACACCAAUUUGGCUUCAGUUUCGCACGAAAGUGAGAUGAAUGAUGCGAAGCAUAACUCAAAGUCAGUUUCGCCGGCGUCACCGCUAUUUGAAUCGAUUAAAAGUGACUCGGAAGAAAACGAUAUUAUAGAUGAUCGUGAGCAAAAGGGCCCUUUAAUUACUUGUGAGCUGGCCGAUGACUUAGUUACCAAUUCCAGUAUUGAAGAAUCCAGAAAUCAGUCGGUCAGCUCUUACUGCAGUAUUACACCUAAAGAUAAGGAAAAAUGUGAAGACUCCAUAAUUCAUUCACCGGCACAACGCCGUAUUGAGUUUGACGCGAAAUCAUGCACUAAAACUGUAGAUGAUUAUUCUGAUAAUGAUAAAGAUGAUUCUCACAAUGCGGGCUCAACUGUGAAAAUCGCUAAUACUCCUUUGUCGCCCAUUUCAAGUGGUAUUACUAGUCCCAUCAAUACUUUCACAUUUAGAGAAUAUAAGCCCACCGCGGAAAUAGAUGGCUGUUGUGCAGAAAUUAUAUAUUUGCUUAAAGAAAUUGAUAUACCUAACAAUCCGGUAAACAAACCCGAUGAUUUAGAUUUGCUUCUGCGAACGAACUCUUCUGAUCCUAGAUUGUUUAAGUAUUUAAAAAAGAAUGCCAAUGCAGUGCAUGGUGCUUCGUCACUUUGUGUUUACAGUAAAGUUAGUCAGAGUGAUCCUCGCCGCUCGAGUAGCAUUUACAAUUCGGAUACAUAUUUAAGCCAACGUCCACAAGAACCUAGCCAGCAAACGCCCAAUAUGCUGCUCUAUGGCUGCCUGCAACGCUCUCCAUGGUAUCAGUCGCUGAUGUCUACAAUGAAAAUACAAAUAAAUCAAACCGUUUCGGUACUGGUAAAUGCUAUCAAUAAUUUUCAGAAAAUGCGUCUAGAAUAUCCCUACGCUGUCUUUGAUAUUUUCAAACUUUAUUGCGCUGGCGAGUUAUUGGAAAUUUUAGAAAAUCUCGGACUCUUCGUAGACGUCAACGGGGUAAUAUCUGAAAAGAAAAAUGUAUCCAGCUUCGCGGGUCGCUCAUACGGUUGUUCUUCGGUGGUGAAUGCGACCUACAGUUUUAUUCAGCCAGUGGAGCCACCUUCAGUAACAGUUCAACAUCAACAGAUGCGUUCUUUCGCAGCACCAUCCGCAAACUUUUCUGCACCAUCAGCUACCUUUCAACAAUCAUCACCAUCACCAUCACCAUUCAUUAGCUGCUACAUUGAUUCGCCGCAAAUGGCAAUGGAGAAGCCAGUACAGCUGCCAAAACCUUCUUUGCCUCGACCAUCACCUAUUACACACUCUCGUCGGCCAACAAUACCACAUCAACCGCCAUCGUCACCACCACCAAGACGUCACUGCGGACUAAAGGUGCCAUAUUCGUCUAGAGCACCAAAUCCUCGUUGUUUAUUGUCGCCGAUAAAGCGUCAAGCGAGUUACUCGGACUCUGAAGAGGAAUGCUGGGAUUCGGACGAUGGUACAACUUCCUCCAGACCGUCAAAACUUCCACUUAGUCCUGACGGUUCUGAUAGUUCUCACAAUAGUUAUGAAGUUUCUCAUCGUAAUUACUCAAAAACUGAAAAAUUUGUCGAGGGUCGUUCGUCAAACUACGGAAAAUCGCUCGAAAGCGGUAAGAAGCGUUACUAAAGCGCUAAUAAAAUUUAUAAAAUGGCUACUUAAAAUCUACAAUGGAAUUGCUUGUUUAUUUGUUUAAAAUAAUUUAUGUUAUGUUUUUUACCUAAGAAAGGUAUUAAAUUAUAUAUCGAAUAUGGGUUGUUUUAUGUUCUGUUUUGUACUGAAUACAGUUUAGUUUUAAAUACAUUGAAAUAAAUCAUACAAAGUAUCA